AGUUGAAUCGAAAAGACUGAUGGUGCUUGUUCUGCCCGGCUGUAUUUACCUGCGUUUCGACUUGAAAUUCAAAGAGGCCAUCAGCAUCUCUGAAAAGUAGCAACAGCACAGAAGAAAGACGAGUUCAUUGGGCGGGAUUACUUGUGAAAACUUAAGAAAGAUCUCGUGAAAUAGCUGAAGGGAGUUUCUCUCCAAAGGGAGUUGGACGGAAUUUUUUCUUUUUAGCCGUAUCCAGUUUGUCUCUCCCCCUCGUUCGGCAUAUACUGUGACUCACAUAGUUGCCACUGCUUCAAAACAAGCCAGAGCACACACAAAAAUAUACAGACAAAACAUGGCUGCCCACUGCAGAAUUGUCGACGUAAUCUUCUUUAUUUUCGUUGGCAUUACCUGCUGUCAAGCAUCAUCUUUACUGUCAUUUAGUUAUGGAGUACUUGAGGCCAAGAAUGGGACAACAGAAGUAAGUUUCUGUGUCAUCUACUAUCCGAACAUCACAAGUUAUCCUUCAGAAAAAGUUGAUGCGGUGUAUGACUCCAUCAUCGACUUGUCAUCUUGGGAUGGGUGCAGCGAGACUCCUCCCAGUGCGGAUGACAUUUCUGACAAGUUUGUGAUAACAAGUAAUGGAAACUGCUCAAUUAUCAAGAAAGCAGAAACCAUUAAAAGGUUCAAUGGUAAAGGGCUUCUCAUAGUAGCAGCCCAAGUGAUUCACCUGUCAGCUAAUAUUAGUUAUCCAGUUGAAAUUCCCAUUGCUCUUAUUGGACAAGAUUCAAAAACUAUUCUUGUGGGAUUAGGAAGUAGUGUACAAAUAUUUAUUUAUUCCCCAAUCGAUGGAUCCCACAUGGACUAUAGUCUCCUUGUCAUUUGGAGCUUAGCUGUGUUAACAGUGGGCAUUGGUGCUUAUUGGAGUGGACUUGUCCGUCAUGACCUGCAAAAACAAAGCCGCCUAAUCUCACAGGGGCAUUCAGGUGAGGAAUCAGAAGAGGCCAAAGCCAUCCUUCAAGAAGAAGUUUCACUAUCAGUUACUCCUAUGCUGGUGGGCGUAUUCGUGCUGUGCAUGUGUGGCAUGCUGCUCCUGCUCUACUUUUUCUUCAGCUACUUGGUUUACGUCAUCAUCGGCCUGUUCGUUUUGGCGUCAAUCACAGCUGUUUACCAGUGCCUUGAGCCAAUUGUCCGUCGUAUUCCGGUCGGGGCUUUCAAAUUGCCUCGUUGCGACGCUGGCUUUGUCCAAGUCCACGUUGAAGUGCGGCAACUCGUUUUAUUUAUUGGAGCCGUGACACUGGCCGUCUGCUGGGUGGUAUACCGCAAAGAGAAAUUCGCAUGGAUUCUACAGGAUAUUCUGGGUUUUGCUUUCAGCGUCAAUAUGAUUCGUCAGGUGCGGUUGCCCAGCUUGAAAAUCUGCACACUCCUUCUAGUCUUGCUCUUCUUUUACGACAUUUUCUUCGUCUUCAUUACGCCGCUUUUCACCAAGAACGGCCAGAGCGUGAUGGUGGAGGUGGCAACGGGCGGAGGAUCGGGUGUCUCUGGAGGAACGGGAGGCAACAGCGGCAACUCUUCGGGAGGCGACGAGCAGCUGCCCAUGGUCAUCCGCGUCCCGCAUUUAGGUUACGACCCACUGAGCGUCUGCUGGCAACGCUAUUCGCUUCUCGGCUUCGGCGACAUUCUCGUCCCGGGCAUGCUGGUCGGAUUCUGCCACGGAUUCGAUUUGGCAACUGCCAAUCGCCGCAAACUCUACUACAUCAGCACGCUGAUCGCCUAUGGCCUGGGACUGAUGGUCACCUUUGCCGGUCUCUACCUGAUGGCAGUUGCUCAACCGGCUUUGCUCUACUUGGUUCCGUUCACUCUUAUUCCCGUUUUCUUGUUGGGCCUUUGUCGACGAGAGUUUUCGAUCCUCUGGAACGGAGAUGGACAGGUUGUCGAGAAUACAAGAUUAACCGACAGCUCCAACUUGGAAUGCGCCCAACCAAAAGUCGAUCCGGCAAAGGAAUCGCUAUCCGAAAGAUCUUCAACCACCAAAGAUCGAGACGCUUUGAUGGAUUAGCUGUAAGCGUCGAUUGGCAUACAGUGCUGGUCACGACAAUUAAGACCAAGAAAAUAUGCUCUACAUUUUGAUUAUCGGUUUGCCUUUUUUUUUUUUUUUUAAUUAUUAUUAUUCCUCAAUUAUUUUUAAAAAACCCCAAGUGGUUAAAGAAAAGAAAAACAGAAAAAAAAGUCAAAAUUCGUAUUCACAGAUGGUUCUCUCCUUUUCGCGGACUGCCGUCCAGCGCUCAUACUUUUCCUUUCUCUAUUUCUCCCCAUUCUAUAUUCUCCCGUUAUUUGAAAAAUUUGUUUACUUCCCGACGAGUGCACUUGUUUAAAAAAGAUUUCAAACAAAAAGUUGGUGCAAUAACGUUAUUUAAAAACUCCCUCGCACAGCAAAUGUCGUUGGUCGGCCCUGUGAAACGCUUGAAGUUGGCGGUCGAGGAAGGAGAUUGCUUGAGUCUAAAUGCGAUAUCGAUCCUGACACACACAAAAAAAAAUUGAAUUCGUCGUUUACUUUAUACACCUAAUAAUCUCUCACCUCUUCAGCGCAGCAACUAUCGCUCUCUCUAUAUAUAUCGUAGAUGUUCCAUGUGUCGUUGUUCUCCGUGAUGGAGCCAUGUAACUGUUGUGGAUACGAUAUUACUAUUAAUACAAAACAGACACACUCUCUCAAAAAAAAAAAAAAAAAAAAAAAAAAAAAAAAAACAGAAAAUUUUGACAGCGUUCCAGUUCGAGAUGGGGCAAAGGAAGAUCUCAAUAGCAGCCUGCUGCUGCACUUUCCAUACGUUCCAUCGGCCCUCGACUCGCCCCGUCGGGGAGGAUGACCGUACACAAGAGGCCAAGAGCCGAAAAGAAGAAGAAGAAGGACUGGUGGAAAGGUUGACGUCACGUAGGGCGCGACUGGCAAAUGAAUCAAAGACAUGAGAUGGCCGGCCGGCUGGGCCGAGGUCAAUUCGCGCUGCAGACGUUCCAACGAACCCACCACUUGACGGCAAAUGAGAGAGAGAAGAAAAAAAUGGUUGGGAUGUCUAUGCUGCUGUGGCCCAUUAGUUUUCGGUCGUCGGGUUUGCUUUACUUUUUUUCUUUGGUCUCCAUGAAACUUGUGUAAUUUCCCUUAUGUCUAUCGAUUAUUAAUGAUGACGAAUUUUCUCUCACUUUUCCACCAGAUUUUUAUGUAACGUGUAGGGAAUUGACCGUACGAAAACGACGACGACGACGGAGGAUCCUUGAAUUUAGAUUGGUCGACUGCGAAGGAAAACAAGAGGAGGGAGACUUAAUAGUCAGGGCCGGGCUGCAGAGUUGAUGUUUUCUUUCCGAGCCUUCACGUAUGGCCGCAGAGUUGAAGCAGAAGAAGCAGAAGAAGAGGGAGCCAAGAAGGGGGGGGGGGAUGUCAAGAGAAUGAGAGAGAGAAAAGACAUGCAGCAGCAGGAGCAGCAAGAGCGGAGGGUGUUGGGUAAGAAGAUGAGGACGGGAUGGCGACGGGAGGAACGGGAGAAGAGUCUGGUGGAGCUGGGAAGGAGGAUGCUGGUCGUAGGGCGUCUAUAAAUGUCUAGCCGACUGGCAAGAGUAGCACUCCUCACACUGGGGAGGCCGUGGGGUCUGGGAACCCGGGACCGAUUUCGACUCGACUGACUUUUUAGUGUGCAUGCCAGUCUUGAAGGGGUUAGUGUGUGUGGGCCGAUCCUGGUAGAAAUUGCCGCCGUCCUCGAUCACGUCGGUCAGUGUGUGACUCGUCUUCACCGAAGACACAUCGAACAAAAUACGAGUGUGGCGUAUGACUAGGCCACCGCGGCGCUCGGUGUGAUCUGUGUGGGCCUCCCCGCUUGGAAGUUGGAACCAGCAACUAGCAUUAGAAAAAGGAGGGGAGACGGGACACGUUAUUUUGCCCGCUUCGUCCCUCGCAGCGCGACUUGGACUUCGGUAGUUUUUUUUUU